GACUACCAUCAAAAGUUGGUUGAUCAUGCGCUCAUAUCCAUGGAUACCUAUUUGGGACAGUUUCCUGAUAUUAAGGCUCGUAUUGCCAAGCGGGACAGAAAGUUGGUGGAUUACGACAGCGCCAGACACAACUAUGCCACCACGCAUAAGACCAAGAAAAAGGAUGGCGGUAUUAAAAUCACAAAGCCAUCCUCUUUGUUGGAGAGGGCAACGCCCGGCUGGGCUCAAGGGAUUCUGUCCGCACACAAUGUUGCCCAGAGUAGCUUGUCCAGAAGCCAG